AGAUUAUUAGCUGUGUUAUUGUUAAGUCCAAAUCCACAGCUUCUGGAAUCUCCCUUUGUGCUUGGCCAUUCCAAUCUCAACUCGACCCAUAAUCAAAACUCCUUGCCUUCCCCAAAUCCCCAGUUCUCGUGAUUCAAGAAAACAAAAAUGGAUCCAGAGAAGCUCGAGCCUGGGAAUGCCACAGAUUCUGAAUCCUCAGGGCAAUCAUCUUCUUGUUCUUCAUCAAGAACUCCCAGCAGCAGAAUGGAAUUUGAAUCGAUCGAUUCCAGAAGAGCAAAGCAGAAACAACAGUCCACUGUUUCUGAUGAUGCGGCAGCAACUUCAUCGCCAAAUUACAUGAAGACCACCACUUCCUAUGUAGCAAAGAAGAGCAGCAGCAGUAAUUCCCAGAGAUCAGGAGGUGGAAGUCUUACCAGGAGAGGCAGUUUCACAAAGCCUGCAAAGGGUUUGGCAAGGCUGUCUAGCUCGAAAUUCAGGAUGAGGAAAUCUUUCAGAAGGAGCAGGCGAGUUAAUUCAGUAUCUGAUGAUGCUGAUUGGUGUUCUUCCGAUUCUGAGGCAAGCCAAAAAUACAGCUUUUUCCCCCUUGGAGGAAGGACUAAUGGGACUAAAUCUGUGAGGACUUUAGUAAAGGUGGCAAGUCUGAGAAUAAGGAGGCAGUCUAAAUCAAGUGUGGUGAAAGCCACUUGUUCAUCAGCUCUCAAGGAUUCUAAGGCUGAUGGAAGCCACUCCUCCAAUGGAAGUUCUUCUGCUGCUGCUGGAAUGAAAGUUUGUCCAUAUAGCUACUGUUCAUUGCACGGCCAUCACCAUUCCAGUAAUGAUCAAGCACCUUCACUGAAACGAUUUGUAUCAAUGAGAAGGAGAAUGUUGCAACCCAAGAAGAAGACUAAUAAUUCAUCUGAGAAAGCUAGCCCGCAGUCUUCUUAUAGCAAGAGGCCAAAACGUUCCAACAAGAAAAAUCAAGGGGAUCAAACCAAAAAGGGUGAUGUCAUUUCUCAAAGUUGUGAACUUGGGCAGGCAGCAAAUGGCAGCAGACAAGAUUCUUGUGAUAAAGUAAAAAGUGGGCCAUUAGAGACCGAUAUCUCCAAUAUCUGUGAAGGUCACAAUCAGCCACAGGCCGGAUCAAGAGAGAUUAAAGACUUGGUCACUUCUCCUUCUGAUAAAGAACAGAAUGCAGAAAUGGAAGGCCGUCAUUUUGCAGAUCAUAAGCCUGAUGGUGCCCAUCUUUCUUCUGAAAAAUCGAUGGAGAAGAAUAAUUACAUGGGGUUAUGGGGCUUGAUCUAUCAGCAUAUGGUAUCGGGCACUGCUGUGACGGAUGGUGAUGAAUCUCAGCAGCCUGAGAAACUUGGGGAGCAACAUGUUGAGAAGUCUUCUGGAAUGGAUCAAAGAGCUGAUAUAGAAGUUGAUUCCCACCAGGAUGAUGCAAUCAAGUUGGUUCAGGAAGCAUUUGACAACAUCCUGCUGGAGAUUCCGGACCCUUUAUCCGAUAACCAAUCGGUGAGUUCUGUAGACACAGCUUCUGAUGAGCUUGGAGACAACAAGAACAACACCAGUGCUUCAAUGGAACAGGUACAGCAAGAGCAAAGGAAGCUGGAAGCUGAAAUUUCUAAUGAUUCUCAAGGAGAUAAAGCAGAAGCAAAGGUAGGAAACAAAUCUGGUCAGAAAAGGCUCAAUGGUUGGAGCAAUCUGAAAAAGAUUAUGUUAAUGAAAAGAUUUGUCAAGGCAAUGGAGAAGGUCAAAAACUAUAACUACACACACAAGCCUCGAGGUCAGUCUAUAGAGCAAGAUGAGGAAGCAGCAGAAAUGGUUAAUCUACGUCCUCAAUCGAUUGGACAGAAGAAGAAUUCGGAGGAAUGGAUGCUUGAUUAUGCUAUUCAGAAGGUCAUUUCAACAAUGGCUCCAGCGCAGAAAAGGAAAGUGGCUCUUAUUGUACAAGCAUUUGAAACAGUAGCACCUCAAGGAGAAACUGGCAGUCAUGCAGCUUCGAGUACUCCGAAGACUCCAGUUCAAAUAAGUCGCGACAUCUCAACUCAGAAGUCUCAUGAGCAGGAGGAAGAGAAAGCAAGAUUUGGCAUCCUACUACGGAAGGUAUCUACUGGUUCCAAAGAGAAUCAUGAUCAAGAUGCUGGAGCCUGCACAGUAAAACAGCACGUCCAUGUGCCUUGUCCUGAACCAGCAGUUGACGAACUAGCUUCAGAAACUGGUGAUGCAGAUUUGAUUUCAGCUGGGCAUGAUGAUACUGGUGAUUUGAUCAGGGUCGAACGAGAGUCCGAUGGACACAUUGGUCCAAUCGGCGAAAACCCAGAUGAACCAGGAUACCAAAUUACAAAAACCCAUCAGGAGGAACUGAUUCUAGACGACAGUUUCGAUAAUGGUACAUCUGAAGAAAUCACACACGAAAAUGGGGACACUCGAACAGCCACUGCAGCUGAAAGCCCUGUGGGAAAGCAGCAACAUAUGAAGCUUUGGUAUCUGAUAUACAACCACAUGGUUUCAGGAACGACAGAACCACUUCAAGAAAAUGGUGAAGAGGCAGAAGAAGGCACACCCAGUGGGAAGGAAGAGUCUCGCUCUCAGCUCGAAGCCAUAAGGCUUGUGGAAGAGGCUAUCGACGAAAUCCCUCUUCCGGAGACUCAAGACGAUGUACCUGCCUCGAUCAACCCGCAUGUAGAAGAAGCUUCAACUGGCUGCAACAAAGAUAGACUUGAAGAACUCAAUAGUUCAAAAACAGAGGUGAAACCAAGUUGCGAAGAAGAUGGAAAAGAGAAGGAACAAGCAAAGCCACCACUGAGGAAGAGCUGGAGCAAUCUGAAGAAGGUGAUAUUGCUUAAGAGAUUCAUCAAGUCAUUGGAGAAAGUGAAUGACAGCUGCUUGACUUCCUCGGCGAGAAAGGUCAUUAUGCCAAGGGAGCCACAGUUUCUGGCUAUGGAGCAUGAAAAAGAGGCAGAGAAGGUCCGGCUGAGGAACCAGGAAGUAGGAGGUAGGAAAAGUGGGGAUGAAUGGAUGCUUGAUUAUGCUCUUCGACAGGUCGUAGCUCAGCUGACACCGAUGAGGAGAAGGAAAGUCGAGCUGCUGGUUGAGGCUUUUGAGACUGUCACUCCCAUUGGCAACUGA